GGCCUGUGGCGGCGGUGCUUCCUAUAUCAAAAUGUCUAAAAAAGAAUCUAUUCGCAAACACGGGAAAUCUUGCAGAGAUGUCAUUUACUCUGCCCACCAACUUGCUGAAAGAGACAAGAAGGGGAAGAAGCCUGUGCCUGCCCAAAGUUCAGCAUAUUCAAGUUCUAAAGCAGAGAAAAGAAAAUUGGAAUCUGAUCCCACUGAUAUUUUACACCGUGAUACAAAAGGAAAGGUGUUUAAAAGAUCGGAACCACAGCUGAGCAUAUCAAAGAAACGAAAAAUCAUUUCUUCUGUUCCACAAGACCUUCAUGAGCUCCAGAAGGAAUUUCCAGUUUGCAGCCAUCAAGUAGAUGCCUCUCUGACUCAGUCUAAAAAGGGGAUAGAGACACGUAUAGUCAUUAAAUCUAAAAGCGUUAAAUUAACUAAAAGCAAGGACCUUAGCCUGGAUAGUUCUAGCCGGCGCAAGUUUGACAAAGACUUGUUAUCUGAAGCUGGUGUCCCAACAAGUGAAAGGAAAUGGCCUUUUAUUCUUGUUCAGAAUGAGAAGAAAAAAAGAAAAAAAUUGGAAAAGGCACCCAAUAAAAAUAAGCACGAUGCAGUGAAAUACAAGCCAGAGAAGUGUAAAGUAGAUGAGUUUGUUAAAGAGUCUGUCCAAGUGGAGAUUGAAAGUAUGGUUGGAUGUAAAAGAGAAAAAAUCAGUUUUCACAUUUCUAAAAAGACUCAUAAAGUCCUCCGAAAGCCUGAAGAUAAAAAUGUCUUCUCCACUAAAUCUCACAAAACAGAAAUUUCAUAUAAGAACAAAAAUUCCAGAGCGCCUUCAAAUCUGCCUAGGCAUAAGGUUAAUUAUUUAUUAGAUUCCUCACAUGGAAAAAGGACUGAUCACCGAAGGAAAGAAGUCCAUUACCCUGAGCAGCCAAUCCAAACAACUAAUUGCACAAGGACUGAAGAAACUCUGUCAAAUGAAACCAAUUUAGCCAAGACUUGUGAUGUAUCACCUUCUACCUCUUCAUUGUCCAGGAUUCAAGAUACGGAUGAUACAGACCAAGAGAUGCAGAUCGUCGAAGAGCUGCAUGCUGCUCGGGCAGGGAAAAGUGUGGAUUUGCCAGAUGUGCCAACUUCUAAAGAUUUGACAAGUAUGGAAAUUGACUUGGAAGAUGAAGACAUGCGCCCAUCCAUUGGGAACACUGCUUCUGAAACAAAGCUCUUAAUUGUUAUUGAUACCAACAUUCUGAUGAAUCACCUUCAGUUUGUCAGAAUUUUGAAGAGUACAGAAGUACCAGGCUUUGACAAGUUGGUGCUAGUAAUCCCCUGGAUUGUUAUACAAGAACUGGACCGAAUGAAGGAUGGCAAACUUCUAAAGCACGCCCAGCACAAGGCUAUUCCCGCAGUUUACUUCAUCAACGACUGUCUCAAACUCCAAGAUGGAAAACUGUGGGGACAGUCGCUACAGCUCGCGUCUCAGAAACUUUAUGGGAUGAGCGAUGAAAACAAUGACGAUCGUGUGUUGAAGUGUUGCCUUCAGUAUCAGAACUUAUUCCCCAAGUCUGUGGUUCUACUGUGCACGGAUGAUCGGAAUUUGUGCAAUAAAGGCAUGAUAAGUGGUGUAAAGUCACUGAACAAAGGAGAAUUGAUCACUGAGCUGCAGAACCUAAAUGCAGAACAGGCAGUUCCAAGCCAUUACCCCUGCAUUUCUCCACAGGAGUCCACAGUGGCAGGUCCUCAAGAGAAAACACAGAAGGACAAUACUCCAAGAUCUGGAAAGGCUAUGCUACUUGAGAGAUUCAUAACUGAUCUUGAAAAAUGCCUUGGAACAGCAUUAUCUUCUAUAUUAGAAACAGAAAUGAAGUUUGCUUUUGGAAAUCUUUGGAUGGAGGUUCUGUACUUGAAGCCUCCAUGGACCCUAGCACAAUUGUUAAAAUGCUUUAAGAAACACUGGUUGGCUGUGUUUGGAUUAAUUAUGAAGAAGGAAUUCCUUGUCACCAUCGAGGACCUCUAUGAACGUCUCUGUAAAGCUAAGGCGGUGGACUUUGCAACAGUAAAAUCCUUGCUCCAGAGUUCAAAAGACUUGUUGCAUGCGUUUAGUACAAGGUCCAACUAUGACGGGAUUCUUCCCCAGGCCUUUGCUCAAGUGAAUGCAUUGCUCCAGUCAAUCCUAAAGAUUAAAUCUGAACUUAAGCCAAACUCUUCAGAAGAACCCGGAGCUUUAUCGGAAAAUGCAGCAUGUAACAAACAAGAAGGAACAUCUUUGCCCCAGCCCAGCAACCAAGAGGACAAGUCACUGGCAUUCUCACAGCUUCCCCAGUCUAGCAGGCAUCAAGAAAUCUGGUCCAUUCUAGAGAGUGUUUGGCGCAUAAUUUACGAGAACAGCACUAAUGUUUUUCAGAUCUUGGACAGUACCACGGCCCAGACCACACCAAUGGUAACGUCAUUUGAAGAGGCCUAUGUGUGUCUUCAGAAGUUGAUAGCAGCUAUGAAGAAUAUUCUUACUGGAUUUCAGAGGAUUUUGGCCCCGAACAGCAGUUGUCAAGAUGUGGACACCCUCUAUAACUUCCUAAUCAGUAGUGAGAUAAAUAAAAGCAUCACAUUUACUGCCCAGGAUCUUUAUGAAUGUGUUUCCCAGGCCAAUUAUCGGGAAAAGCUAACAAUUGGAUAUAGUCAGCUGGCUCAUCUGGAAUACACCAUGCAACAAAUCAACGCAUCGGUCUACAUGGAGGCCAAAAGAAGGGGGUGGUGCGAACACACACACAGCGACAGGACUUAACCCUGCCUUCCAACUUACAGCUAUUGUGGCAUUUGAACACGUAAAUUGUUCAGAGGGCUGUUCCAAGGUCAGUAACUCUGCACCAAACUAGUUUUUGAAGUACAGAGUCGGUGUUUUUUUAAGUUUCAUCCACUCCCCAAGUAAUGGAAUUGCGAGAGCACAGCUCUGUGUAAUUCGAAUUCAUUCUCGGCCUGUUCCUUAGGAUCUGCUUUUAAUUCUGCUAAAGCAGCAACGGGCGGCCUUUAAGCUCUGGAGGCUUGGGGUGGGAUGCGUCGGCCCGCCUGGGAAGCCUGGCGGGUCAGAAGUUGUCCUUCUGGUCAAGGACAAGAGAAAGCCGGGAUCUUCUGGGCCCUUUCUGUCACUUCUGUCUGCCCCUACUCCUUUCACCUACGUCUAAGGAGAAAAGGAGCACAGAGAG